CAUUGACUACGAUAUGAAAAGAGCGUGACCUCCGCUGCCAAGCUAUGAGCUCUGAUCAUCGAUUAGCAUCGCCAUGGAGGUCACCAUCACCAUGGAGGAGGAGAUGCUCUCUCUAGGGUUCCCUUCUUCUUCUUCUUCUUCUUCUCUUUCUUCUUCUUCAAGUGUUCAUAGGAGUGCAGGGAUGGAGGUUUUGUUGGCGAGAGGCAAGAGGGACAUGCAACCAUUGAUUCUCAAAUUGGGAUUAGGUUUGGCGCUGACCGUCGCCGGAUUCCUAUUCACUCAGCUCAGACCUCGUCGCCGUUGUCCUCGAAGACCUUCAUCUCCAGGUGGUGUUGGUGGGUUGAAGGAUGAGAUCUUUGCAUCCAAUAGUGGCGAAGAACAAGUGAAGAUGCUCAAGUGUGCAGCCAUGGAGACUGGUGUUACUACUACAGUGGUUAGUCUAAUUCCAGAAGACAAGAAGAGUUGUGAGGAUGAUGAAGGAUUUCUCUUGCCUGAAUUCAAUGAGCUUGUGACAGAGGAAUUUGAGACUCAGAAAGAGGAUUACUCUGGAAUUAGCCCUGUUAAUCCAACAUUGAAGAGUUUGGAGAGUGAAGAGUAUAUUGCUUUGAAGCAAGAAAUUGAUGAUCUUAAGAACUUGGUGAAUGCUUACAAAGAAAGGGAAAGGGAUCUUGAGACUCAGUUGAUUGAGUACUAUGGAUUGAAGGAACAGAAUGCUGUCAUUGGAGAGCUUGAAAACCGGCUGAAGAUAAGCACUGUUGAGGCUCAGUUAUUGUCUCUUAAGAUUGAAUCUUUGCAGGAUGAGAAGAAGAACCUCCGGGAGGAGUUAUCGGAUUAUUCGAUAGUGAUGAAUGAGCUCAAGGCGGCCGAGGCUAAGAUUAACUUGUUGGAAAAGAAGCUGAGAUUAGAUGGAGAGGUGGCUAAGGAGAAGAUUGCUGAACUUCUUAGAAGGGUUACCAUGCUUCAAGAGAAAGAGCUCAAGGAUGGGGGAAAGGAUCCAGAGAUUGAGAAGAGAUUGAAGGAUUUAGAAGAUGAAGUAGCUGAUCUAAAAAGAGUGAAUUCAAUGCUGGCUCAGGAGAAUUCUGACUUGGUGAAGAGAUUGGAGUCCUCACAAAUGGUUCAAUCUUCCAGUCAAGAUAGUCUAGUUGAAUUGAAUGAGAAAUUGAAGAACGAAAUUGAGCAGCUCCAAACAGAUCGCUGCGCCGAUGUAGAGGAACUGGUGUACCUAAAAUGGAUAAAUGCAUGCCUGCGGUAUGAGAUGAGAAAUUUUCAACCCUCGCCGGGGAGAACGGUAGCAAGGGAUCUGAGCAAGUGUUUGAGUCCAAAGUCAGAAGAGAAAGCCAAACAACUUAUACUCGAAUAUGGAAAUGGACAUGACACUAACAUGAGCCUCUUAGACUUUGAUUCAGAUUGCUGUUCAUCAUCACAAACAUCCACUGGUGAAUGUGAUGAUGCUUCUUCGAUGGAUAUCUCCCCAACAACAAAAACUAGACAUCCGAGCAAAUCGAAGCUUUUCAGCAAGCUGAAGAAGCUGGUGUUAGGUAAUGAUAGCCCUGAGAACAAGGUUGCUUCAGCGGAUAGAUCUGCUGCAAGCUGUAACAAUUCUGAGAGAAGAGGUUCCAUUUCAAUUUGCUCGUUAGAGGACUUGUUUAGAAGAGACUCAUAUGAUAGUAUAUCUUCAUGUAUCACUGCAGAACAUUCAGAUGGCAGUCAAUUAACAUGGAAGGAAUCACAUGCAGAUGAAAAACAUCAGAAACAUGCAGUUAGGGCCUCUAUGGAUAUAUCUAAUUCAAGGAGACUUGAUUUUGAAAGACUUAAAGAACGCUGUAAGAGUGAUGUCGGAACAUCUCAUUUCUUCAACCGAAAGACAUUCGGGGACUAUAAUUCAAUUGAUUCAUAUAGAACUGACCACCAACCCGGUGAUGAAGAGAAUGAAAUUCCUGAGAAGACUAAGCUGAAGAAAUUAGCUAAAGCCUUGAAGAGUCCCUAUGGAAAAUCUAAGUCAAGUAGGAGAACAGCAUCUCUCAGUAUUAUAUGAUAGUCUAUACCUUUUACUAGGAACCAUGUUGCUUAUAUCAGUGAUACUUACUUACAUAGGCCUUAUAUAUAUGUACAUAGUUGGUCAGAGUAUGAUAGAGGUGACUAGUUGGAUGUAUACUCAGAUAGCAUGACAAGCAAUUGUGAACAGUGUGUCCCAUAAUGCAACUUGAAAGAACUUUAUAUGGCUUGAUAGAUUUAUGGAUUGCUCUGUA